CGUUCUUGAGUUCGUCUCUCCUUGCCGGCUAUGUAUCCUUCACGCACUAGGCUUGCGCUGUCCUCGCUGCGUUCGCAGGAUGCCGUCUUGCCCAGGUCUGCACCUCGCGUGCCCCGCUCCCUCCGCCCCGCAGCUGCUCAGCCCACUCACGCCGCUCGCGCUGCAUCCAUGAUGCUGCUGCAAGCGCCCGCAAACGCUCUCUCCGCCCUGUCCGUCUCGCUCGCUCAACAGUGUCAACACCUCUUCGCUGCGCUGUCUGUGCUCGCUCGCUCUCGUCCCCUCGCUACUGUCUGCCGUCCCUCCGCCGUCUCUCUCGUCGCCCCGCCCUUUCCGCCCGCCCCUCCGCCGCUCUGUCCUGAUGCGCAUAGCCGAGACGAGUCUGUCGACACCGCCAACGCCCCCUUCUGCGUCAUUCUGGCUCGCCCGAGGUCAGUUUGUGUCUUUGCUCUCUGAUCGCGCGCAUUCAUCCAGAAACAUCGCCUCCUCAGUCCCCGCCGCCGACCUGCUCCCGCCUUCCCCCGUCCCCAACGCAUCGCGUGUCACGCGCCGGGACGAUGCCAAACGAUACGCCAGCAUCGUACGAGGCCCCUGCAACUCGUUCAGACCAAACCGAUGCCCGGGACGGCUCGCUACACGACGUUCUGUGCGACGCUCCCCAGAGCGCCCGCGUCCCUCUCCACCAUGCAUGGCCUUCUCGCGUCCCUCCCGACGUGCGGGUGCAUACCGCAACUGUCGGUCGACUUGGCGCGUAGCACAGAUCGACCGUUGUGCGUACCACAAGUGCUGGGCCACGUGAAACCGGCGAUACUCUCGUCUAGGCACCGGGAACAACACAGCGCAGCGCGCAGGCGGCUCCCAGGACGAUCUCUCACUCUACAGCCAACGGAUGGCCCACGGAUCGCGGAGCACGACGCACGAAACGGUCUGCUCUAUGGACCUGUGUACAAGCGCCCACCACCAGUACUGCACCGGCCUCGCCGCCACUGCCGACGAACACGCCUCGUGCCUAGGCGGCAUGCAUG